GCCGACAAGAAGUACCAUACCACCGACCGGCGUCCCCCCCAAAACGCGCCCAUACCAAGAACCAGCGUCCGAUAAAAUAUCCCCGCGUACUUGGUCCGAUGGACGCCGGCUUAGCAGUACGCCACAGCUUUCUGCUACUUUCUCCUCGUCCCAGGAUGAGCGUCGUUUCCUCCAGGACGUGAUGCACCACUCUGAUAACGCACCGAGCCUAUAGGCCACGCGAUACUCUGUCGAAGAUAAGGCUCGCUUGUGGACGGUUGCUCCAGCUGGCAGACAUACAUGUUGAUCCGUGUUUGUGGCUAAAACCCGUACAUACGCGUUGCACCCUUAACGAAGGGGGCAGUUUGUGGUGCCUGUUUUUCUUUUGACGAUUUCCAGAAGGAAGGACAUUCAGGUGGAAUAGUGUUCGCGAGACCAGAUUCCAAUUUUUUUUUUGGAUACUAUGCAGUCCGAUUGAUCGUCUUUGAUGAAAAAUCUAUUUGGGGGCAAAAUGGGCCUCUACAAGCAGUAUUUUAGGGUAACCAGACACGCGAGGGAUAAGUUGUUCGGAAAGAAUAACAAUGAUUACCAUCCUCUGCAAAUGCUCAUUUCCGAGCAGGGAAAGUUAAGUCAUAAGCGUUUAGCAGUUGUUCUGCUGGGAAUAUUCACACUGGCCAUAGGAAUAAUUUUAUCAUCAAUACCAUGGUUGGACUACCUCAUCAUCAAGAAUUUGAGGCUGUGGAACGGGUCGAUCAGUUUCCAGUACUGGCAGAAGCCGGGCGUUAUACGACUCACGAAAGUGUACAUAUUCAACGUCACAAACCCCGACGGUUUCCUGCAAGACGGUGACAAGCCACGACUUCAGGAGAUAGGACCGUUCGUUUACAGGGAGGAGAUGGAGAAAGUGAAUAUCAAGUUUCAUGACAACGGCACCGUCAGUUAUCAACACAAGAAAAUACUACAAUUUGUACCUGAAUUAUCUGUGAACAAGGAACAGAAGAUAACAGUGCCUAAUAUUCCACUAUUGACUCUUGCGAUGCACUCCAACACCUUAGGUUUCUUCCUCCAGAAGACCAUAUCGCUACUGUUAAACAUGGGCAACUUCAAACCGUUCGUGACAGUUACGGCGGAUGAGUUGGUCUUCGGGUAUGACGACAAGUUGGUAUCACUGGCCCAUCAGUUUUACCCGAAGAGAAAACGACCGAUGUCUAAGAUGGGACUUUUGAUCAAUAGAAACGGUACUCUGGAUGAAGUCCACAAUAUGUACACUGGAAUGACUGGGAUGCAAGAGUUCGGUUUACUGGACAGGGUAAACGGAGUGGAUCGCUUGCCUUUUUGGGAAGCAUCGCCCUGUAAUUCCCUGACGGCCAGUGAAGGAUCGUUCUUUCCACCAAGGGACGUGACUAAAUCUAACAUGAUAUAUCUGUACGAUAAGGAUUUAUGCAGGAUUCUACCUAUGGAGUACAAGGGGCCAACAAACAAGAAUGGAAUUAGAGCCGAUAUCUACUCGCCACCGGAGAAUAUAUUCGAAACAGUGGACGUGAAUCCAGAUAAUAAAUGCUAUUGUGCUGGUAACGAGUUCUGUCCACCUAAAGGACUCCAAAAUAUCAGUCCUUGUCAGUUUGAUGCUCCAGUUUACGUUUCCUUCCCUCACUUCUACAAAGCCGAUCCCAGACUGAGCGAACCGUUCGAGGGUUUGAACCCCAGCAAAGAAAAACACGAAACCUAUUUCAAGGUGCAACCGAAAUUAGGAGUGCCCUUAGAGGCCAAGGUGAGGGUGCAGUUGAACUUGAAGGUUGACCAGGCUCCAUACGUAACUCCAGUGAGGAAUUUCCCCAGUAUGAUAUACCCCAUCAUGUGGUUGGAAGAGGGCAUAGAUGACCUAACGCCACCGAUACGUCGCUGGAUCUACCUGGGUACCACGUUCGCAGAGAUAGCCUGUCCCCUGAUGACCUACAGCUUCAUCUUCAUAGGAAGCUGCAUCCUCAUCGGGAUGUUCGUCAACGGCUACAAGUCCAUCCUGUUCACGAAACGAACCAUCGAAAUCGGCAUGAAACAGCUGCGGAGACGAAGCGCCGCCUACAUCCACCACCCCGAACACCUGAUCACGCGACACGAGGUGUACACGUUGCUGGACGUGCCUGAGGAGGCCCAGAGGGGCUGAAACGUCGAGAACUUCUGUCCGAAUCAAAGGUCGAGUGUUCGCGGCAAGAAUGGUAUUCGAGAACGUAUCAAAGCAGUUGUUCCUCGUUGUUUUUUUCAUAUUUAUAGUCUCGUUAUUCAUAAUAUCGACCAGUUUUAUCGAGUUAGCCAGUUGUAGUAGGUGGAGAAGAAGCAUUACACUCAGUUCAAGUCAAGAUAUUCGCUUGAAUACCAAAGAUCGAUGCUGACAAUUCGAAAGGACAAAAAUAGCUAUAAGUUCCUCAACUUGACUAUGAAGAAUCGUUGGAUAGUUGGAAACUACGUGAAACAUCGAAUUCGUGUUGUGUCUUCAGAAAAUUCGACAGUUUGCUCAAAAUAUACAAAGACGCAUUUAAUAUUAAGAGUGCGAAUUAAUGAUAUAUGUAUUCAUUAGAACAAUAUGAGUGAAAUGUGAUAUAUUAUUGGAUAUAUUUUUAUAAUUGAUUGCAUAUUGCAAUUUUGUAUGAUAUUAUUGAAAUAAAUAAAUUUACAAACAA